CCUAUAUAAAAAAAAGUUAUACACAAACAACAUGGUGGAUCAGCUGUUUUCGUUUUUCUCAAAUCUGAAUUUGUUUUCAUAAAACGAAGCCUUGUUAUGGUCUCAUAGCCAUGUGUGAAUUAAAAUGGGUUCAAUCGCAUCGGUGCUGCAAUGGCAUUGUCAGACGUGCGGCCAGAUCAAUCCUACAGAAAGUGUAAAGUGUUUAAAAUGUGGUACAAAGCGGGUAUCGAGUCAUGACAGUGGAAUAUCUAAAGAAAAUUGUAGAGAUUCGUCGCCGGAAUAUACAUCUCGUACUGGAAAAAGCGAAGGAACUACACCUGGAUCAGAAGCGAUCGUCAUACCAACUGAACAUAGCUUUAACAGCGGAUGGUCGUGCGUGGGCUCGGCACCGGAGGCGUCGCGCGCGUGGCGGUGCGCGUGCGGCCUGCGCAACGUGUCCGCCGCGUGGCGCUGCGCCGCCUGCGACGCGCUCGCGCCACACGCGCCUGUCUACAGGCUCUCUGAUGAUGAGGAUCAAGCUUCAGGGAUGACGGACAAAGAAAAGUCUGCUCAAGACAACACUAUGAUAAGGUCCAACACCCUGGCUGUCCCAUCGUCAUAUAAGCCUACAACGAGCUACUCCGACGGUCGCCGACUGAACCUCGACUUGCAGUCACUCCGCCUGUCCCCCACUCAACUGACGGACCACGCGCACGGCGUCACCAGGUCCCUGUCUCACGGGUCCGUCAUCAACUCACAACAAAAGUGGUGGAAAGUCGACGAGAGUGGCAGAGGGACCAUCAAUAGACCCACGAGUUUGAUGGUCUCCGAAAGAUACGGUCAGUGCAAUCCUAGAGAGUCGUUCCUCAGAAGCCUGCACACGGUGACGCGAAGACCCAAGAAAUGUAAUGAGAGCAAGUCCAAUUGGGAACUCAAUUACGUGAAAGAGUACCAAAGGGAACAGAGUCGGGGACUGCAUUUGAAGAAGUGGUCGUGCAGUAAGUGUACUCUAGAAAAUUCGGGAAUCAGGACGCACUGUGAAGCCUGUCUCUCGCCUAGAGUGUCUCCCUUAGCGCGGAUUCCUAAUGCUAGGGGACUCAGUGUGACGACUCUAGGUAGACACGAGACUGCGGCGGGGAAAGAUGGCGCGACGUCGCUCCCUACGUCGGGAGGCGUCAUGAUCACCGUCCCCGACUGGCCCACGGGGAGCACGACGCUAGGAGCUUCCUUCAGAAGAUCGAUAAGCGCACAAAAUUCACCAGAAAUCCGCCCAACGUACCGACGGUCUUUCUCGGAGCAGACAAACGCGGAAAGACCAGUUGGUAAGGUGAUAUCGAGUCGGAGGAGUCUGAACGACUACCAGAAGUCGUUGGCUAGUUACUGUGGAAGUCUACCGAAGACUGAUAUUCGGAAGGAUCAGAAGAUUGAGGAGAACAGUGCAGAGUUGAUUGAUAAGGAGUGCAGUUGGGAUACGAAUGCUGAAGGGGUGAUAUACGCACUGCCAAACAAGGGGAAGUAUAAGGAUUUGAACCUGCAGUUGCAGGUGAACAAUAACGGGACGCGGUACUCUUAUGUUUCGGUUCAGGACACGAAGACAGUGAUGAGUAACUCUCAGAACGAAGCAUUGUACUCGAAUGAUAUAAAUGACGGUGACUAUGCUCGUAUAGACGAGUUGCUGGGUGCCGAGAACUGCAUAUCUCCUGUGAAUGACGUGGCCUCCAAUAUACGGACGUCGCACAUAGGGCAGAGAGAGCCCAAGGUGUAUAAUAUGCUGCCGUCGGUGGGGAAGGUGUCCCAUAACCCUCGGGAGCCGAACAAAGUGCCUUCGACACAACAACCCAAUCGCGAGAGCCGCAUGUGGCAGUGCAACGAGUGUUGGUUCGCGUACAACGCGUGGUGGGCGCGUUGCUGUGACGUGUGUCGCAGUGGCCGGCCCCCGCACGCACCCGUCACUCUAGCCUCCAGGGAUGUACUUGAUGGGCCGCAUAAUAACUCUCGUGCAACCAAUCAGAGCUCGGAAGCGAGCGGCAGUAGCAAGGUGGAGAUGUCUAGGGAGCCGAAGAAGCUGACAGUGCCUAUAGCCUCGUUGGACCAUGAUUUGAACAGUGACGAGCUGUUGUUCGCUGUCGAUUCGACUCCCGCGCCGCCCCCUCCAGUGGUGACAUGGUCGUGUACGCGAUGUACGCUAGUGAACGAGUCCACGGCCGCCGCCUGCGCAGCCUGCGCGGGCUCUAGGCCGCAGCCACAUAACUUUUGGUCGUGUAGUUCGUGUACCCUGCAGAACCCGUUAUCAGCGAACCUCUGUCUCGCAUGCAAGACGCCGCCCGUGCCCAAACACGGGCUCACAGUACCGACCAAUGACUCCAACCAAGGUGCCUCGGGCCGCAGUCCGUCUCCCCGCCGCGGCCGCAACACUCCAGCGUUGCCUCGUCGCGGCUCCAGACACAAGACACCGCCGCCUGAACCCAAAUAUGUCAACCUCAGAGCGGAGCCGUCGGAGUGGCCGUGCUCGGAGUGCACGUACGUGAACAGCGUGUGCGCGGCGUGCUGCGACAUGUGCCAGGCCCCGCGGGCCAAACUACUGCCGCCCGCAGACCAACGCGCGCUCGACGACGACGACUCGCCGGAAGGUUCAGACGGGGAGAGACAGGAGAGUACUCCAAUGGAAAUACUACGCCUUAGCGAGGAGAGCCACGCGUGGACACAGUGGCAGGAAGUACUGGCGCAAUGUGCCUCGACAGGGGAGCCAUACGUGGACUCGUCGUUCCCAGCGUCGGCCCGGUCCUUGUACUACAGUGGAGGGGCGGAGGCCGGGGCUGCGGCCCGGUGGCUGCGCCCCCAUCAGAUACACGUCGAGGCUGACCACAGGCUGCCCUGGGUCGUGUUUAGAGACCCUAGGCCUUCCGAUAUAUCGCAAGGCGUGCUGGGCAACUGCUGGCUGCUGUCUGCGCUGGCGGUGCUGGCGGAGCGGUCGGGGCUGGUCCGCGGCGUCGUGGUGCGCGGGGAGCCGGCCGUGGGCGCCUACCAGCUGCGGCUCUGCAAGGACGGCCGCUGGCUCACCGUCACCGUCGACGACUUACUGCCCGCCAACAAGAAGGGACAUCUCGUCUACUCACAGGCGAAAAGAAAACAGCUAUGGGUGCCGUUAAUAGAGAAAGCGGUUGCUAAACUACACGGGUGCUAUGAGGCACUGGUGUCGGGGCGAGCUAUUGAAGGUUUAUGCACUUUAACGGGUGCUCCAUGCGAGUCAGUGUCGCUGCAGGCGGGGGGCGCGGGCGGCGCGGGGGGCGGAGCACCCCUGGAACAACUCGACAGGGACCUCGUCUGGGCACAGCUGCUGUCCUCCAGGCAGGCCUGCUUUCUGAUGGGCGCCAGCUGCGGCGGAGGGAAUAUGAAGGUCGACGAAGAAGAAUACCAGCGUCUAGGCCUUCGCCCCCGCCACGCGUACUCCGUCCUGGACGUGGCUGAGUUACCGGACGCGGGCGGCGGGCCCCCCACGCGCCUGCUGCGCCUGCGCAACCCGUGGGGCCACUACACGUGGCGCGGGGCCUGGGCCGCGGGCUGCGCGCGCUGGACCCCGGCCGCCAGGGCCGCACUCACGCAACACCAUCACGACAAGGAUCAAGGAGUCUUCUGGAUCAGCUUCGAUGAUGUGCUCAAGUACUUCGACUGCAUAGACAUUUGUAAAGUCCGCGUAGGAUGGCACGAAGUCCGCCUGGCGGGUAUACUGCCCCCGAUGUCCUCGACCCGGCAUCUAACCUGUCUACUUCUCACUGCCAGUCAACCCACCGAAGUAGACUUCACUCUCUUUCAAGAAGGACAGAGGAAUUCAGAAAAAAGCCAGCGAUCACAGUUGGAUCUAUGUGUCGUUGUGUUUCGAACGAAGUCGGGGCCUAAUGCGCAAGUCGGGAAACUGGUUGCGCAUAGUAAAAGACAAGUCCGAGGGUUCGUGGGCUGCCACAAGAUGUUGGAGAAGGGGUUCUACCUGGUGGUGUGCCUGGCCUUCAACCACUGGCACACGGGGCUGGAGGCGGCGGGGCGCGGCGCCUGGCCCCGCCACGUGCUGGCCGCGCACUCCAGCAAGCCGCUGGCCGUGGCGCGGCCCGCGCUGCACCCGCAUCUACUCGCCGACGCCAUCAUCGGCCUCACGCUGGCGCGCGGCCAGCGGCACGAGGGCCGCCAGGGCAUGACUGCCUACUAUCUUACUAAGGGUUGGGCCGGACUAGUAGUAAUGGUAGAGAACAGACACACAGACAAGUGGAUCCACGUGAAGUGCGACUGCCAGGAGAGUUACAACGUGGUGUCGACCCGGGGCGAACUGAAGACUAUCGACUCCGUACCGCCACUGCAUAGACAAGUAAUAAUAGUGCUAACCCAGCUAGAAGGUAGCGGGGGCUUCAGUAUAGCGCACCGGCUGACGCACCGCCUGGCGGCGGGGGCCCGGCUGCAGGACUGGGCCCCGCACAACGCGCACAGCGACGACGAGCCCCGACACCGGCCCCCGCUCGCGCGCAGACUCUACGGACUUCACGCACCCCGACUUAUCACAUAGACAUUACUAGGAAGCAACAACUUUGUUACAGGUUUCUUCUUUUUUUUUUAAUUGUCUUGUGUUGUGAGGGUUAAGUAGUUUUGGGAUGGUUUUCAAUAGGUCUAUUUCAAUAUAUUUUUAACAUAUUGAAUGCCGUGGUGGUCACCGGUGACCGACGUUAGCGGAGGAUUUGCCUUCAACAGUUUUCUAUUGGCAGUCAAAGACUAAAUGAUAAUUUUGCUAAUAAAUAUUAUCAUUAGAACUUAAAAUGGGAUAUUUACCAUGUUUAUUAUGAAAACUUAAUAAACAUGGUAAAUAAAUAUCCCGUUUUAAGUUCUAAUGAUAUUACUAGUGACUAUAUCAGUUUAAAAGCUAUAAAUAUUGUAUGUAAUGUCAUAUUUUGAGAUGUAUCAAAUCAUCUUUGCUUGUCUGUUAAUUCAUGUAAUAGCUAACUUCAAAAAUUUCUCAUUCAUUUAUUAAAAUUGUAUUAUUGUAUGUAUUGAAAAGUCGAAUUAAUUUAUUUUUGACUGAGAAAACAUCCGAAGUCACCCAAUAGAGUGUUUGCUAGUCAAUUCAAGUUAAUGGAUCAACUUAUGACAGCUUUAGUGAUUGGACGGGGACCUCAAGCUUCUCAUUAGUACCAUCUACUGAACAUACCAACCCUCAUUCUUAUUUUAACCAACACUUGGUAUGUUUGCACAAACAUUGGUGUAAAUAGAACUGUUAUACUAAAUUAAACCUUGCGGGUGUUAGGUAUAAGGUUCACAUUACAUUAAUGCCAUCAAUGUUUAUGCAAAUUAGCAAAGGUUGGUAGUCGUAUUAUUUGGAAAAUCAAUUUUUUGGUACAAUUUUCUUGUAUUCUUUUUUCAUAUAGGUUGUUAUAAUUCUAAGUUUAAACGUUUUAAAUGACAAAAGUAUGAAAAGAUUUGAUGCAGUGAGACGGUUACGAUGUUGAAGCACAAUUAUAAUCCUUAUACUGUUAGACGUAAGGUUCAAACUGAAUUAACGUUGUUGACAAUGUUGAAUAUUGGAACAUUUGUCUGUACCACAUGUAAUGAGUUUGGUGGGUGACACUACUUUUAUUAAAUAUCAUUAACAUGUAGAUUUAUUUAGUAGAUAUUCGGUAUAAAAAAUCUUUAUGGAACAGUGAGUAAAGUGCCCUAAGAAAAGGAGGAUACUCCGACCUGACGAGGUGGCCGCGCCUGGCGGGAUUUCUGCCCAACUGUCGUAUGUUGUAUUUAAAUUAUGUUUUGUAACAAAAUAAUUUGAUAUUAAAAUCAACGACGUUUUCCGUUUAAAGAAAAGAAAAAGAAAAAAUAAAAAGAUUUUAAUGUCGUAGGUACACCCGCCUUUGGGUUUUUUUACGAUGUUGAAAAUCAUCCAAUGUCUUCUCCCGCCUUGGGCGAGAUGAGAGGGAGUGUCAGACUCUUACUGACUAAAAACCACUACUCCUGCUUUUCGAGGCAGAGCCCUUGUAGCCCGCUAGGCAGUCAGCAGCUCCAGAUCAGCCCUAGUGGGCCGCAUCUAAUUGUUGUCUGAUGGCCCGUCGAGGCGCGUGCAGAGCGUCUAGUUCUGGUCGGGCGGCGAGCUACCUUUACUCGCCAUCCGCACACCAGCACUUACGGUGGCCAGACACCGUCGCUCCAUCCCCGACGCUCGCAGUGUCACCCCCUUUGGUUUUUUUUUUUGAGGGGGAAAAUCAUCCAAUGACUUCUCCCACCUUGGGCGAGGCGAGAGGGGGUGUCAGACUCUUACUGACUAAAAACCACCCCGUUCCUUCUCCUGCUUUUCGAGACGGAGCCCCGGUAAACCCGCUAGGUAGUCCGCAGCUCCGGAUCAGGCAUCAGCCCUACUUGGGGCCCACCCCCUUUGGGUUAGGCUUAUAAAAUAUGAAAGUAGUUUUUUUAUCAUUACAUGUGGUACAUUAAAACGUUCACAGGUAACGCAUAGGUUAGUUACUAGGCCUGUAACGCUAAACACGUAAACAUAGAUUAAUAUUUUUUCUACUACACUUAAUGUACUCAUAGAUUACACUUCCGGCCGAGAAUAAGUACUCAUUAUUUUUUAUUCAGCCGGUAUAUUUCGCGUGGUACGGCGCACCGAUAAUUUUGACUUACAAUGUAAUGGUGAAAAAUGUUAAUUUCGCAAAAAUAAAAAAAUAAUCCGAUGAUUUUUUUUCGGUAUUUUUGUAAUAACUAUCGUGAGACAUACUAAAUUAAUUAAAAAUCAUGGUGGUAAAUUAAUGGAGAAAAGUUCUGCUAGUUACUCAUAAUGAAGAGUCCACCUGUGACUCGAAACUAGUAGCUUUUCUGGUAAAUUUUUUCAGUGUUCAUGGAUAUUUUUUUUGCGAAAUUAACAUUUUUAACCGACUUGACAGUUAGGGGAUAUCACGUAGUUGUAAGGCGUUAUCAUUAUUGUAUAGAUUCUUGUAAUAUAUAACCGAUGAACUUUUUUCUAAAUUAGACCCCUUGUACGGACCAGCACAUCAAGCUACACCUUCAAUAGAUUCUCGAUCUUAUAACAAGGGUAUAAGGUCGAUAAUCUAUUUGGCAAGAUUGGUGUAUUUUGAUAUGCCUGUGUCUAUGUAGUUCUUGUAUAUAAGUAGCGUGACGUCACAUUUUCUCGAAUGCGAAUCUCACAGCCCAUAGAUAUUGCGAUUUGCGACUGAUUUUAGAUUUGUACUACGUUUUACUUUUAAUAAUGGUUCAUAUUUUUUUAAAUAUAAUAGUGAUUCAACUCUUUGAUAUGAAGUGUGUUAAUACAGUGCAUUAUAAUUUAGAUCAUAGCUGUGUUAUUCAUGAAAUAAUUAUAAACCUUUAUAGCAGUGUCUAGUCUUUUUGAUGAAGAUCUGAUUAUGAGUUCUUGAUUGGAACUUUGGAUCUAGACAAGUAAUGAAUUAGCAGUAAAUCACAGCGUGCCUCAUUUUUGGCGAUAAACCUUGGUAAUAACUAUAGUGAGAAAUAACUAAAAAUCACGGUACUCACGUAUAUUAAUGGACAAAGGCUCUACUAGUUUUGAGUCACUAUGACGUCAUGAUAAUUAAGAGUCCCUCUGUGACUCGAAACUAGUGGAGCUUCUCUCUAUUAAUUUACGUGAGUAAACCGUGAUUUUUAGUUAAUAAAUCUUGGUUCUUAAAGCUAAAGUGCUUCUAUACGGACAAUAUUUUUCUGCAAUAACAUUAAUAAGCAGAUCAAGGCACUUUUCAAAGGUCAACAUAGACACCCGAAACACGAGAGGCGUUACAAGAGCGUUGCCGACAUUUUGGGGGUUAAGAAUUUGAAAGGUUGUUGGGGAAUCGGGGAUUGGGAAGAUUUGGGAGGGGGCAAUUGGGCCUCCGAUAACAAUACGAACGUUGUUUUACGUCGGUUUUCUGUGAGGCCGUCGAACCGGCCCAUUAGUGCCAAAGCAUGGCUCUUGCAUACUUACAGCAGUGUUGCAAAAAAUAUGGACUGUUUAGAAGAACCUUUAGAAAUAUAAUAAAAUCAAUUCAUAAAACGUUCUCUAGUUGCAAUAGGUUUAUGAUUUCUUUAUGACGACUACAGUUCGGCCAUAAAUUACGUGUGGUGUUUUUUUAAUCUAUCCCCCUCUCACCCCUCGUCCAUCCUUCAAUCUCACGUAAUUUAUGGACGUCCCCCUUACUAUUUGACGGUUAUAAGUUAUACUUGAAGGCUUGUAUAUUUAACGUAGAAAAACUUUAGUGGAUGCAUAUGAAAUUUGUCUUUAUUAGAUUUAUUAAUUUAAUUAGAUUGUAAUUAACUAAAUUACGUUUAAUUUUGCUGUGGGACGAACGAUUGCAUUCCAUCGCAGUGAUUUUUUAAAUUAAAUUUGUUUUUUUUUUUUGUUAUAGGGGAUCGCACUUAGUAAAUUAUACAAUGUCGAAAAUGUUUAUGCUUCGAUUUUCUUUAAUAUUUCUAAGCAUAUUGGUAUUUGUUUUGUGGUCAAUUGUCAUGAAGUAAAUUAAUCAACAGCAAAUGUAAUAUUGGUUUCACCAAUCCUUUACUUUAGCGGAAAAUUUUUGAAAAGUAAAAAUUAAUGACCCAUUGAAGGUAAGAAAUGUUCUAGAGUGCUAUCCCCUAAAUAUAUCGUAUUCAAAAGUUAUAAGACAAACAUUUGACAAAUAUUUUUCACGGCAAACAUUGGAUCAAAUCCACACGUUUUUGUUUCGUACACUGUGUGUCAGAAAAAAGGUAACUUUCGCUAAGCGUCCCUUACUGUGUAAAGUAGAAAAGAAAUGCAAUUUUUUACUUAUAAAAAACAUGAAGAAAAUCGUGUACAUAUAUAUUAUAAGUUAUAAUAUAAUAUAUAAAUCGCUUAACUGAAUAGUUGUAGGUUUAAUCAUAUUAAUAUCUUAAAAAAUGUGCUAUUUUUUGCACUGAAAUGUAAUAAAAGACAUUUUAGUUUUUUUUUUUAUUUAUAAAUGCACUUAAUUCCAUGUAAUACUCAUUUUUUUUAAUUAUUGUUGAUAUUUUUAUUAUUUUUUUAAUGUAAACACUCGUUGGUUGAGUCGCCUGCAGCUGUGGAGUCGGGGAAAAUAGUAUUAUUGAGAUUUUUCUCAGUAGUAUGGAGUUUGAAAUUAUGUUACUCCAUUUGUAACAUAACUGGCGAAGUAUAUACUUUAAGUAUAUUACAAUUCUCUCUGUUAUGUUAUGUUAUUUAGAAUUUAAAUAACUAGUGAUGCUGUAUCUUGCCAUUACUUUGCUUUACAAUGAUAUUUUUUAAGUUUAUUUUUUAAUAGGAAAUAUAAUUAUGUAUUAUUUUUAAUUAACUUUUGUUUAAAGGCCCGGUUCAGUGCUGCUGAUUAGGUUACAAUUAGUUAUCAUUCACACAGAAAUGGUUUAAUGCCUUUCAUCUAUACUAAUAUCGAUUUAUUAUACUAUAUGUCGUGGUGGCCUGGUAGUUUUAGACACCCGCUUCUUAGCAUGAGGUUGCGGGUUCUAUACCUACCAACGGUAAGUACCAAUGUGACUUUAUCCGAGUUAUAUGUACUUUCUAACAUUAUUUAGACACCACUGACAAACGGUGAAGGAAAACAUCGUGAGGAAACCUAGGCUUAUAAUUUCUAAUAAUGAGUUUGAAAUCGCCAAACCGCAUUGAGUAAGCGCGGUGAUUAAUGCUCAAACCUUCUCCUAGUGAGUAGAGGCCUUUGGUCAGCAGUGGCCACUUAUAGGCUGAUGAUGUGAUGUGAAAUUAAUAAGAACUUAAUCAUUAGUACAGGAACUGGGUAUUAAGUGGCCUAUAAUACAAUGUCGUGCAAUAAAAAUGAUACAAACGUGGACUCACCGGUAUUUUAAACAUAGUGACGAUAUUUUUACACUUUGUGGCACAAAUAAAUGCACAUACAUACCCGUGGGUGCUGUUUGUAGUUAGUAGUUGACUAAAUAAUCGGUAAAUUCGGUUUUUUUUCAAUAUUUGAAGCUUACCUCUAGUGCCAUUAUCAUUUGUCUAGUUUUUUGAUAAUUGGGUCCGAUUUGAUAUUAUAAAGUAUUCCUAACACCACAUAUUUUAAAAUAAUAAUUAUAUUCAUUAUUUUUUUGUCUGUUCGCGUGAAACUCUAAAACUACUGAACAGAUUUUCAUGUAAUUUUCAUAACUCAGUAGUAUGAUUGUUUAGAAAGGUCUUAUUGUUUAAUUUUAUUUUUUAAUACGUGAAGUUUAUGUGUCACGUGGGAAAUCGAUAAAUUAUUGAUAAAUACAUACAAAAUAAUAAGUCAAAACAUAUACAAUUUUAAGGCGGCAAUAUUAGUAUAAGAUGCUAAUUAUAACAAUCAACUUCUAACUAAAAACAAUCACGCUAUUAUAUAAAGUAGUAUAAGUAGUUAGGUUACGGAUUGCAUAGUGUUUUGAUAAAUAUUAAUAAUUAUUAAUAAUACCGUGCGUCACAGUUUCUAUAGAUUCACGGCUGUAUAUUUUUACACUUGUGCAUCGUAAAUAAUAAUACAUAAUAAUUGUAAUAAUACAUAUUUAUAUGACAAACACUAGCAACGCCAUCUAGCGGUGUGAUGUGGCAACUUUGUGGAGAUCAAAGCAAAUUGUAUUAUACUGUAUGGUUAUAAAGUUCAAUUUUGCAAUACGCAGAUACAGACUACUUGCUUUUCCGUGGUGUUCGAAUCAUUAUUGAUUGUUAAGUAAAAAUGUGUUCUAUAAACACGAAGUUAAAGAUCAUAAUUCAAUACAUGGACAUAUUUAAAUUAGCUUCACGUUCUUUGCUAUUAAAAUUUCAACUUUAAGACCCUAAAGUUAAAGUACAAUUUGCCUUGAAUAUGUGACAUCAUAUCGUUAUAUGCGUUGUAACAAAAGCUCAUAAUAUAACUGAUAGUUGUAAAGUUAAUCAUCUUCCAUAGGUUUCGUAUAACAAUUUUGUAUAACAAUUUAAAGGAAAUUUUUAGUUUUUGUUUAAUAAUCUUUGUAUAUUAGUGCCAUAAUCGUAUUACAAGGGACAUUUUUAUUCAUAUAUAUUAAAAUAUAGUAUGUUUUUGGUAAAUAAUGCCGUUUUUGAAGUAAAGAUAGAUGAUGUAUCUACUUCAGGGUGCUUUUCCACCAAAGAUGUGCUAUGCUACAUUGCUGUGGAUGCGUUUGGCUUCCACCAAUCAUAUUCAUUGGUACACAUAGCACUAGUAGAAACGGACUAAGUUCAGCUAUGUUUUUUAUAUGGAAAGAUGCGUGCUAUGGAUGGCUUUCCUACUAUCGAAACAUCGCAUACUCAAGCUGCGCAUCUCACAAAACUACAUAGUUUAGUAUCAGUGGAAACAGUCACCUAGUUUCACAGCUUAGCUAUUAUAUCUUCAUAGCAUAGCUAUGUAGCACAUCUCUGCUGGAAAAAACACCCUUAUGCAGUGAUAAAAAAAAUACACAAUCUAAAAUAAUACAUAUUUUAUAGUAGUUCUUUAAAAUAAAAAAAAUACACCAGUAAAACGGUGUUUAAAUCAACUUUGCAAUCGAGCUAAUGACUAACAAUCCUAUUAAUUUUGUUUAAAAAUUAAUUAUUUACUACAAGUAAUUGAAAUGAUAUGUAUAUGAAUAAAAAUGUCUCCAAACCUAAAACAAGUGAGAAAAUUAGACUUAAUUUUUGUCUUAAUUACCGAACAGAAGUAAAGACAGUGUCCUUAGUACGAGUUUUCUAUACGUUUAAAGUAAUCGAAACGAGACCGGCGCGAAUUAAUCGACCAAUCAGAGGCCUUAGUAUGAGUUCGUUUUACGUUUUACGCUCUGAUUGGUUGGUUCAUUCACACCGGCCAAUCAGCGCCGCACGCACUCUCGUUUCAGUUACUUUAUAUGUAAACUCGUACUGAGGUUACAGAUUUGUAAACGUGUGCUAUUUAUUUAUAUUAUAUUUUUCUCUUUGUAAAAUACAAACACAAAGAUUUUGUUACACCAUUUACAACGGCUGAACAGAUUUACAUGAAAUUGGAAUAACUGAAUGAAAUUGGACAAGUUCUCGAGAUUAAUGCAUGAUGUAAGUAUAAUUUGUCCGUACGUUUUGUAUUUUUGUUACAUCAUGAAUGUUUUGGGUAUGAUUCUCGUUUCUAACAAUGUUAGGUACUGUCUCGAAAUAUGCUAGACUAGUUGUUCCCCGCGUAUAAAAAUGACUUCGGGCAGAAUUUGGGUUUUUGAAUUAAUGUCCGUCUGGUAGAUUAUUUUAAAGCAUACACACGUUUUGUUUUCUUAUACGAAAAAAAAAAUACGUGUCUAAUAUUUUUUCAUUACCUGACGGACUAAACAGAUUUUUUUAAUGUUCAUACCCCAUCAUCAUCCCUAUGUUAUUUACUGUCUCGAAAUUCACAAUAGUAUUAUGUAAUCGGGAAUCGUACCCAUUAUCUCUUACUCUCACCUUAUUACCAAAAAUCAUUAUGACAUUUUAAGCUGGAAAUCUCGACAGAAAACGGUCACUAAGUAAGACAUUUCUUUAAUGGAUUUUUUACUUUAACAUAAAAAGGAUUAGGUUCAAAAUAUAUUAAAGAAAUUCACAUACUACCGACCUUUUUUUAACCCGUCGAUUUUCAACUUUAUUCAGAGAAGGAUAAGGUUGAAAAUGUAUUAAAGAUUCACGAUUCUUACCCCCCUUUUAAUAUUAUGUUUAAUUCUCAAGGUGUGACGAUCAGAUUACAGUUGUAUGUAAGAUUUUGAUAAAACAAUUUUUAUUUGUAACUAUACUUGUUUUUAUUAGCAUAAAGACGCUUAUUUUUCAUAUUAGACUUAUGUGGAUGCAUGUUACAACUAUUUAUAAUAAGGUUAAGUAAAUAAAAUUAUUUAAAUUUGA